UUCAGAGUCAAACAUGAAGAUACUGAAGAACAAAUAGAGAUGGUGUUUAUUAAAGAGGAAAGUGAAGACACGAGGAAUGAAGCAUUCAGAGUCAAACAUGAAGAUACUGAGGAACAAACAGAUCUGAAAGAGGAGUGUGAAGUACUGAAUGAAAUGCAAGAUAGAGAUCAGUAUAGCAAAAGUGAUUACAUAACUGGACAAAAAUCAUUAAGUUGUUCACAGACUGAAAAGACUUUCUCACAAAAAAGAGCUCAGAAGACUGGAACUAGAAUUCAUUUCACCUGCCAACAGUGCGGAAAAAAUUUCAAUCAACAAGGAAACCUUAAAGUCCACAUGAGAAUUCACACCGGAGUGAAGCCUUACACCUGCAAACAGUGUGGAAAUACUUUCACUGAAAAAGGAAACCUUAAAAAACAUAUGAGAGUUCACACAGGAGAGAAGCCUUACACCUGCAAACAGUGUGGAAAGUGUUUCAAUCAACAAGGAAUCCUUGAUGUCCACAUGAGAGUUCACACUGGAGAGAAGCCUUACACCUGUCAACAGUGUGGAAAUAGUUUCACUGAAAAUGGAAACCUUAAAAGGCACAUGAGGAUUCAUACCGGAGAGCAGCCUUAUGCAUGCCUUCAAUGUGGAAAGAAUUUUAAACAUAAAAGCAUUUAUAAUGCCCACAUGGGAAUUCACACUGGAGAGAAGCCUUUCACCUGCCAACAGUGUGGAAAACAUUUCAGUCAACAAGGAAACCUUAAAGUCCACAUGAGGGUUCACACUGGAGAGAAGCCUUUCACCUGCAAACAGUGUGGACAUGGUUUCAUUAAAAAAGAAAGCCUUAAAAGACACGUGAGAGUUCACACUGGUGAGAAGCCUUACACAUGCUCUCAAUGUGGAAACAGUUUCACUCAACUAUCGAGCUUUAACAGGCACAUGAGAAUUCACAUCAGAAAGGAGCAUUAAAACUCCAAACUGUGUGGGAGAACUUCACAACAAAACUAAACCUCAAGGCCAAUGUAUACUUUGGGUUUUACGUCUACACGAGGGUCUGCGUACAGUAUGCAUGGCGCAAAAUUCACCAAAAUAGUAUGCGCACCAUCUGAUUUUUGUAACUGUGCGUACUUUGUACGUGCAGGUCACAUAUGAGCAUUGACUUGGUUUUACACUAAUCAGUUGUUCCAAGGUGGCAACACUGGUCCAGGCCAUUGUUUUUUUGCAGUAGAAAACAAAACUAAAGAGACAGAACAACAAUAACAAUGCUAGUGUAUGGGUACAAAAACUAAUUAUACUUUAGGUAUCACAUGAACAGUUACACCGGUGAGAAUCUGUUUACAUUUGGUCAGUGUGGGUGGGGGUUGGGGGGUAUUCAGGUUAUCUGCAGGAUUUUAAAAAUCUAAUUUUAGGGUGUGUUCACACUUGUAGUUUGGUUCUCUUGGUU